AGGCUUUGAGGACGUGGCUUGGACUCGCUGCCUUCCUCCCCUUUGAUCUCAAGUUUUUUGUGGGGGUUUUUUUUGGGGGGGGAAGGGGCUGCAAGUUUGAGCAGACUUUUACACGCGAGGAGGCGAACGUGGGGAGCGUCUUGCGAGUUACCGUGGGGCGUCAUGGCUUAUCCCCCGGGCUAUGGGGGGCCAGGUUCCAAACACAGGACAAGGAUCCCUCCUCCCGUCCCGCAAAACGCCAAUGCUCCCCAGCUCUUCGAUGACACCAGCUCAGCCUACGGUCCGCAGCAGGCGGGUUACCCUGCCCCGGGGAUCGACAUGGGCUUCAACCAGAUCUUUGCCGACCCGGUGGCCAAUGUAGCCAUGGCCUACGGCACCACCAUUGCCUCUCAGGGCAAGGAUAUCGUUCACAAAGAGAUCCACAGGUUCAUGUCAAUUAAUAAGCUGAAAUACUUCUUUGCGGUGGACACCACGUAUGUGAUGAAGAAGUUGGCCUUGCUGGUCUUUCCUUACGUGCACCAGAACUGGGAAGUCCGCUAUCACAGAGACGUACCCCUCACUCCCCGGCAGGACGUCAACGCACCUGAUCUCUACAUUCCCAGUAUGGCCUUUAUUACUUAUAUUCUGCUCGCCGGGAUGGCUCUUGGUUUACAGAAAAGGUUUUCCCCGGAGGACCUGGGCAUGUGUGCCAGCUCGGCCUUCGUGUGGGUGGUGAUUGAGGUCCUAGCCCUCUUGCUAGGCCUGUACCUCGUCACCGUUCAGACUGACCUGAGCACCUUCGACCUACUGGCGUACUGCGGCUACAAAUACGUAGGGAUGAUCCUCAUUGUGGUCGGCGGCCUGAUUUUUGGCAGCAACGGCUACUACGUUGCCCUGGCCUGGGCCUCGUGUGCGCUGAUGUAUUUCAUGGUCCGCUCCUUACGGAUGAAGAUCCUCCCGUCGAUGGUGCAAGAGGGGCUGAGCCGGCCUAGCGGGCGGGCACAGAUGUACGUCACGCUUGCGGCCGCCGCUUUCCAGCCCUUGAUUCUGUAUUGGCUCACGGUGCACCUGGUGCGUUAAAACAGGCCGUGGGGCUGUCCCGAGGCUUGCGGACCGUGCUUUAGUGAGGAGCCCUCUUUCUGCCCACCUUGCCGCACCCACCCCAAGUCCCACGACGUAUAUCCCCCGAUCUCUCCUUCUCUUCUCCCCCGGCACCCCCACCUUACUCUGAGUCCUGGGCUCUGAAGGAGAGGGCAGGCGGAAGGCACUCAGGCUCCGUUCCCGCACGGAACGAGGCCGAACGAAGGCCGAAUGUGUCCUCUCAACACUUCCAUCCUGAGCGCAGGGGGGAAACGGCGGUGGUCCCAAAUCUGAGCUCAGGGCUGCCCUGAGGGCAGGCCCUGAAUCUGCCUCCCCCAUUUCCAGGGGCAAUGGUACACACCUCCUUGCUUUGGAGUGUGUGGGGUUGCGGGGAGGCUGGACUGGGUGUGUAUGUGUGUGAGGCAGGGCUUCUCCAGAUUCUCUCUCGCUCAGAGCAGCAGUUUUACUAUGCAAAUACUGAAGUGCUGGAUUGCUGAUAGAUCUUGUUUUUUGGCCUUCUGGAGCAAAGUGCCCUGACCUCUCCCUUCCCAGCCUGUCUGUUUCCUGCAUGCUGGGAGGCCCUCCAGAUGUUUUGGACUACAGCUCCCACAAUCCCUGAUUGUUAUAGGAGUUGUAGUCCAUCUCCUCUGGAGUGGGACACUUGGUUAGCUGCCACCAAUUGAUGUGAUGGUUCUUGCUGGAUCCCUCGUUUUGCUCUCUACCUGAGUGCCAGCAGUUGAUCUCUAUAGGGUGAGGACGCAACUUCUCUGGAGCGUUGAUCUUGAGCGGCUUUCUUUUCACGAAGGACUGUGCUCUUCUUCGCAACCCAUUCUGUAUCACUGAGGUAUCGAACCUCUGAUUAAAGCAACUUGGCUCUACGGGAGGAAGUAAAUAGGAAUUUUACUUUUGCUCACUUACACACACACACACACACAC